UAGUCCAUUCUUUUGACGAGUUGCGCAAAAAUUAGCAUUUUUGACUCUCACUCAUCACGGCUGCCAUGUUUUUUUUCAUGUGGGGUGUGUGUGUAUAAAAUAUAUCAUGUUAAUUUAACCCCAUAUAAACUAUAACAGAUUAAAGGGGGUGCACCGAGUGCGUCAUUUGCAAAAAAUAGCUAGUGACAAUGCGAUUGCACAUGCACUAGACGCGGUACCGUCUAAAAUCGAACCGCAAGCAAAGAAUACGCCAAAGAAAUUAAUAAUGUAUUAGUACGAAGGUAUUCUUAAGGAUCGAUUUUAAUCACACGGCCCACGGCAAUUGUAAAAUGGACCCUCGAUUUUUGAGCCAGUUGAUGGUGUUAGAUAACGGCAGAGAGUAUCCCGGGCAGGAUGCGUAAGCACAAGAGAGAGAGCCAGGCACUCGCCUGCAGGCCCGCCACAUCCCGAGAACGCAACCAGACUCCAAGCUCCUUCAUCUGAUACCCACACAAGCCACACAGGACUACAAUCUUGACAACAUUGUUGAUCGACAGUGCACAAGAUACCAAGACACCCAGGAACAAAGUAGCACGCUUCGUGCAGGCAUGCCCACUUGUUCAGUGGACCAGACAGAGGCCGUACGUCGAUAUUACGCUGCAUUCCCGGCGCUGAAGAAAGGGCAAGAGUCGCCACUGCAGUACUAUCUACCGCCGCCCGCCUGGUGUCGCAAGUCGGACGCAGAUCAAAAACUCAACAUGCAAAGUGAACUGUCUAUGAUCAGUAAAGAUUGGAACUCCAAAAAGAAGUUUUCCACCAGUAAGGAACGUCGCAACUCUUACCACGGGCAGAGGAAAAAUAACAAGAAGCGCUGCAACAGUUACAGUCGGUCUUUCGAAAGCGAGGAGAGUCUGCCGGAGUGGGUCACGCACGAGGGCGUCUGGGAUAUGGACACGCAGGACCCCGUCAAGGAGUUCAUCAGGGCCAUAGCACUCGACGAGGGCUACGGCACCUGUGAGAACACCGUCACAGACGAACUGAAGGAGAUAGCUCAGGUCAAGUUUAGACUGAACGAGAACAUGGUGCCUGCGUGGGACGACAGCCUCGACUUCGACGCCGAGUGGGUCAUCAACGACGACCUCAAACCGAGGGCGCGCACGCCGAUGGAGGACGAGAUGUACGCGAAGUUCGAGGCCAAGUUCGACCGCUCGAUAGAAGCUCUGUGGAAAGAUCAGAAUACUCCGGAUGACGAGUACCAAGAUCUGCCGAUAGAUUUUCAGGACCUGCUGUCUUCGCCGUCGGAUAAUCUGUUCGCGGACCCGUCGGUGGAGAAGAGCAUGAUGUCGCUGACGGAGAGCAUCUGGUCGAACGCGUCGGAGCGCGAGUCGCCGUCGCGGCUGGCGGACGCGCUGCACGCGCGCCUGCGUCCGCUGCAGCUCGCCGAGGACGCGGACGUGGCCGCGGCCGAGCCCACCGACCCGGCCGACUCCUACGCGGUCUACUCCGAGGUCGACAUCUACGACGCCGCUGAGAAUGUGGCCUGCACCAUGCGCUCGCUCACCGCUAUCAACCACAGUCGCGAUCGCAGCGGCUUCGUCGAGGUGCCCCCGCGAUCCCGAGCCCGCGCGCCGGCGGCCCCGCUGGCGGCGGCGGCGGCGGCGGAGGCGCCCGCGCGGCCGCCGUCGGACCUGCUGACGUCGGCGCGCACGCACUUCCGCCCCAUCGAGCGCGACGCCGACGCGCGCUACCGCGACGGCGACACCUUCGACAUCCGCGGCGACCUCGACCCCGUGCCCUUCCGCCGCAGCGACUCCGGCGGCGUCUACAUCGAGGGCUCCGGCGAGCGCUACCUCGAGUACCGCCAGGACAAGACCAUCGACUACGGCCGCCUCCGCCUCACCGCCGCGCAGCGCUGCCCCGACCUCGACGACGACGCCUUCAAGCUGCGCUUCCCGCUGCGCCAGCGCGACGCCGCCGUGCAGACCGACCGCGCCGAGCUCUGGUGCGAGGACUGCGGCGGCUCCGCCAAGAAGAAGCGCCCGAGCGCCAUGGAGAGCAUCUGGGCGUGCGACGCGGACGCGGGCGCGUGCGAGGCGUGCCCGCCGGCGUCGCCGGUGCCGCGCCCGGCGCUGCCGCCGGACGAGCUGACGCGCGACUGGGAGGAGCUGCUGUCCGACAUCAGCGCGGCGCACGCGGGCACGGGCACCGGCGCCGGCGCGCCCGAGCCGCCCGACCGCAAGCGCCGCCACUCGGCCGCGCUGCGCUGCGCCGCCGCCUGCUCGCACCCGCACGCGCGCUUCCUCGCCUGCUGCACGCUGCUCGACCGCCCGCUCACUCGCUAGCGAGUCCGCAUCGAAACUCGCCCGCCCGACCGACCCGAGAGCCCCGACGGAACCGAUAAAGAUUAGGAAUUCGAAAAGUACUAGACCCCGGCCCGGAAAAUGAGAUCACUUAGGCCGAAAUGGAAAUAAAGCUUGCGAAAAACGUACACCGAUUCCUGGGUUUACUUUUGGUUCCGGUUGAGAGUGACCGAAGAAAUUUUUGACAAAAUAUUCGGUAAGCGAAAAGUCUAUUAUGUGUGUGUUAUAGUAGUCGGUGGUCAUUAGUAGAGGAAUUCACCUUGCGGGAGUUAUUAAUUUCGCGUUAACGAUUAGAUUACGUAAUGUUUCGGCGGUCGAGUUUCUCGGUGCGUCGUCGAUCCUUGGAACGCUCGACGGCGAAGCGAUUCGCUGUCGAAUGUGGUAGGGUGCAGAUCUAUUGUGAGAGGCGGUACCUUCUACCAUUGAUCGCUUCGAUACCUCAUUGACGAGGAUACUUUUAAAUGAACUGCUAUACCUACUGUAAAGAUCUUUCAUCUGAUUUAAAACACAUUAGUAUCCUAGUUGAUGUGAUUUCGGAGCGUCGCUCUAGUUAAUUUCUUAAACGAAACCAUCUGCAUUCUGUGUAUAUAUCGCCUUUUAUUCAUCAAGUGUAUUGUUAUUUCGAUAAAUAUCUAUGUGAGAGCAAUUUGACGCGUCCUUGACUGAUGUGGGUGUUUCGACACACUUUCGAGUUGCAUAAUGCGAAGAAAGUUAGCAAUAAAAUAGGAUUAGAGGAGCCUUGAAAGUUGAGUUUUCCGGACAGUGUUGCAAGGCUAGACAUGUGCUAACAUAUCUUAUGACUGUAGAUAUUGCGGAGGAGUUUAAUGUAACAUUAAUUUUAGUUGAACAUUUCUUUAUAGCGAUUUCAUAUUGAUGUGACGCUGCUCGGUGGAAUGCUCGCGCUCGACGACAUGAUCAACAAUAUUUGGUGUGGAUUGAUUAAUGUGAGAAAAAUGUUUCCAAUUCUGCGAUUCGUUUCAAGUUGUUCUCGUACUAAAUUUUGUUUCCGAUUGUUUUGUAGCAUACAGUUUUAGCUCUUCAUUUUAAUAGAUUCGUUUAGCUGUCGCAACGCAAAUCUGAGCGCUAGCAUUCCACUUAGAGCACAGAGGACGAUUCUAAUAUAAUUCUUACAAUAAUAUCGUCCAAAUUUGUUUAAAAAAUUGUUAAUUAUAAAGUGUAGGUAAAGCAGCUAUUUUAUUUUUGUUAGUAUUUUUUCGUUUACGUUUUUCUGGCGAUCUAAAUUCAAUUUUAAAUGUUGAGACGGUAUAGAAAUACCGUUCCGUUAGUCGAUUCGGAGUAGGAUUCCGUACGCGACGAUACGUCCGCGAUUCGAAGAGAGGACGGUUUGUUUUAGCGGUUUGUCCAUAUGUCUAAGUUUUAUACGCGGCGAUUUUAUUGAGUAGCCGCAAUAUGUAAUCUUAGGACGGCGGGCCUGUGAGGGUGAGCUGCACCCGGUGCCGCGCGCACAGUGGAGGGUCCGCUCGGGACGGAGGCCCGCCGGUAGAGGCAACUUCGAGAGGGCGCGACAGGCGCUCUGAAGUGGUUGUAGGAUUUUUGCGCCGCCUCCGCUUGUAAUGUCCCCGCAGUUUUGGACCGGGAAUACUUAUUGUUGGAAGCUUUUUUUCCUUAUGAAAUAAUGGUUCGGCGCUAUUACAAGCGACGGCGGCAAAUUGUAACAUAAUUUACUGCUAAUAUGAAUUUGAACGGUUCAUAUAGGCGUAACUGUUAUAUUAUAGUUUAUGUAAAGCAUAAGAAGUGCAUGUUAUAUUUUCUUAUAUCUUCAUUUUAUAGAGGGCAGUUGUAUGCGGCGAGUCGGGAGCUGCCGACGAGUUUGAUUACGCGGCACGCUUGCCGGCCGCGCGUAGGCCCCGUCAAUACUUUAUUUAUUUCAUUUAAAACCAUGCCUAGUUACAAUUUCAUAAAGGUUAAUGUUUCACGCAGAUUUUGCUACUUUAUAUGUCGUGUUUUUAUAUAUUUUUUUGUAGUGUGAUUUACUUUUGUUUGUAAUAACUGAAAACGAAAAAAUAUAGAAAAAAAAACAUUACAAAAUUUCCGUUAGAGAUGCUAAUAAUGUAUAUAUAUUGUAUACUAUUGUGAAUUUAAUGUGUAGUCUUUUCAGUUUUUAUUAUGUAUGUAUUGUUGUAUGUUUUAUUUGGUUUGUGCCAGUGUUUGAAAUGUCCACCCGAGUCUCGCAAAUGUCGCGUUUCGGGCAUUUCAACACUGAAAUGAACUUUAGUUCAGGUAAUCUGUUUAUACAUUAACUCAUUAGUAUGGUGGAGUAUUUUUAAAGUCAUUCAACUAAUUAAUUCAUUUCUAUUACGUCACAGUUCAUUGAUUCCAUCACAGUUUUAUUUUCUGUCAUAAGUUUAUAUAUUGUACUUAUUAAUAUUCGCUAAACGAUACCUUGAUAAAAAAUGUUUAAAAAAUCUCAAAAAAAAUGUUAUAUAGAGUCAAGUUUGCAUAUUAUAUUAUGUUUGAUUAGAUAUUAAUCUCAUGUAAUGUGCCUAUGCACUUGAUGUGCUCCAUCACACCUCGGAGCGAGUAAAGUUGGCGGCGGCUGAAAAAGGGGACGCUAUUUUCUGCACGAACACCGAGUUGCUGCCAACUUCGUCGUGCUGUGCCAACUGAAGUCAACUUAAAGUCGGCACAACUCGACAUAAGCUUGGCCGUCGAAUUUACUUGCAAAUGCUUCAUUUUGAACAUUAACUAGCUUAACAUCUGGCUUUGAAGUCUGCAAGUGAUUCAAGGACCAAGCGAGUCCCCAAAAUCACUUACACUUUGCCGCCCAACGCGGAAGAGCUUUCGUCAUAAUGUAUCUGUAAUUCGAAACUAUCACAGUCAGCGAAUUGUUGAACUGAUCUUUGUUUACAUGUUAUCUAUGUUUAGUCGAGAGCGUCACGUUUUCCUUCCAUUCGGAGCACACGUUUCAAAGUACCGCCGUGAGCUCUCGACGUCAAGUCGGCCUGUAACCGAUCGCGGAGAGCCUUGGUUACGUGCAUAUUUGUUGUACACCUGUCAAACUAUUUCUUUUUCCAAGUUUAAAAUCAUUAGAAAUAAAGAUUAUCUUAUAGACCGGGGUAGGAGCAGUCUGCGCAGGGAUUUCACGUCAGGCUCUAUUCGAAAAUUCAUUAAAAUCUUCUUUCCAUAUUUACUAAAUUCACUGCUUAAUCUGUAACAAAAACACCUGUAUUUUUAAAGCACUUUUCUUACCUUUUGCGACACCCUUUUUGGUUUUGUAAGUAAUUAUAGAUUAAAGUACUAGUAAUAUCGAAAUGUAAAAUUAAAUUGUAUGUUUUGGUCUUUAGAUUUUGCGUAGGCCCUCAGUAAAGAUUGUUUAGCAGUGGUAUCCCUGAUAAUAGUUACCAUUUUCAUAAAGUUAGUUGUGCUCACUACUCUGGUACUUGCCACCUAUGGAAGAAAAUAAAAAAUAAACAAUCCA